UUUGCCCUAACUUCUGAUAGUUUCGUCUGUUGGUAAGGUAAGGAGUACAGAUUUAUUACUCAUUUGAAUCACGGUUAGUUUAUAGACCCCAUAGCGCGAGACACACGUGAUACAAAAGUGCCGGUGGAAAAGCUUGAAAAGUUCCAGUUACUGACUUUCUGAGACGCAUCACAUUCUGAAAAACAGGUCUGUGUAUUGAAAUACACUACUUCAUCUGCCAUACUGCUGAUAAAGAUCCCAUGCAGGGCCAUGCAACCCCUGAAGAAGUACUUUACAGAAGGCCUAAUUCAGGUGGCCAUUGUCCUCAGUUUAGCUGGGAUACAUGUAGAUGUGGAUCCUUACCUUCCUCCAAAUAACAUCAAUAUCGAAAGCCCAGAUCUGACCCAGUUCAGUAAACCUAAGAACUCCCCACAAGGAUAUGGUCUCCACAUGAAGAGCCCAGAUGUGGCAUCUGUUCCAGCUCCCAGGUUGAUGCACUGGGUGCGCUCUCUGCCGCAUCUGAACAUUCCAUCAGCACAGCUUGAGGCCUGGCUGGUUCACAGCGAGUCUGACAACAGUGGAAUGACUUUACCUAGUCUAACUGGUUCUUGGGAUGGUGGUGGCGAUCUGGUGGACAUGGAGGACUCAGCAAGUUUGACCUUGAGGAUGGGAGGUGGAGGGAUUGGAGAAUUGGGGAAUGAUCCAUUCAUGGAUGAUGGAAGUUUAAGGGUGGUGACAACACACUCAAGAAGUCAAAUGGAUAGUGAAGACGUUAAAGAGGAAGUAGAUGAAUUUUCAAUAUGGCAGCAAGAAUUUAACCAAAAUAUGGGCCAGGAUCAACUUCUUCAAGGACAAAAUCAGUAUUUCAGUCUGAUUAAUGAAGACGAUGAGGAUGAGCUCAUGAUGGAUGGAUGGCGGCACGCAAACCCAUUUUGUAACCCAUUGACCGGCAUGCGAGAGGACGUACAGUUCACAGGUUUACAGGAAGAUAACUCCUUGUCUACUGAGGAAUGUUUGCGUUUAUUGGAGGCUGGUUUCCCACUAGGACAUGAACAAUAUUUGACAGAUCUUGACCCAGUCAGAAUGGAUGAAGACCCACUGCAACACCACAGGUCUCUUUACUCAACUCUGUUAUCUCAGCAAGAGCCUGUGCUGGACCUAGAAGAGCAAUGGCAAGAUGUUUUGUCUGUCUUGGGACCACAGGACACGAAUGGAGAUGAUUCAUUGGACAGUUCCCACUCCAGUAAUGGAGGAAGAUCAAGAGAAACCAGGAAUUUGGGGAAUCCAAUACAGCAAAAUCUAAGCUUAGAUCAACCUUCUUUUUCAAGAUCCAGUCCAAUCUCCUUUGCAAGCGAAACAGCCUCUAGAGACGACAGUUACAUUUCUAACCAGGACGAUUCCUCUUUAAAUGUUUCAAACUCCUCUAAUGUUAAUUUGAAUUUUAAUGACCCAGACAUCAUAGACUUUCUCCUGUCACCUACACCAGAGAGCUCAAAUGGAAUCAUACGCAGUUUCUCUGUGGAGGAACUGAGUCAGUUAGGUCAUUUUAGACCUCUGUUAGAAGAAUCCAUGUUUGGUGAGAAUAGUCUGUUGGAUCUAACACUGGACGAUGGAUCUGACCAGUCGGAGGUUCCCAAAAAAGAGGACCAAACAGACUCCGACUCUGGACUCUCUUUGGACUACAGCCAAAGUCCAGCUUCCCCAAGUAGAUCUGAAUCCUCAUGUUGCUCAUCAUCGUCAUCAGUGUCAUCAACAUACUCAUUUCCUGAGACAGGGGCUGUAGGAUACACUCCCAUCAAAGAGGAACUGAUGGAUGAGGAAGGUGCAGUUGGAGGUUAUACCCCAGAGCUGAACAAAAUGGACUACACAAAUUACACGCAAUUCCAGUAUUCCCCCUGGUUUGAACAUAUAGGCCAUGAUCAUACCUACAACCAUCCCCACUAUACCAAUCAAAGAAAGCCCUUUAAUGAGUACUCUGAAGAGCCCCUGGAAUAUAAACUCCAAGAGGAUCUCGACACCAAGGAUGAGAAGCGAGCACGUGCCAUGAGGAUUCCAUUUUCAACUGACCAUAUUAUUAACUUGCCUGUUGAAGAGUUCAAUGAGCUUCUUGCCAAGCACCGCUUAAGUGAAGCUCAACUCGCACUUAUUAGAGACAUUCGGCGUAGGGGCAAGAACAAAGUCGCUGCCCAAAACUGCCGGCGCAGGAAGAUCGAUAUCCUACAGGAUUUGGAACAUAGCGUUGAUGGCCUGCAGCGUCACCGUACAAGACUUCUCAGGGAGAAAUUGGACGUUCUGCACUCAGUUAGAGAGAUGAAACAACGCCUUAAUGACCUCUAUCAAGAGGUGAGGAGUAGACUCAGGGAGGUGGAUAGGAUUCCCUGCUCAGCCAUGGAAUUUGCUCUGCAACCAGGCAAUGACGACCAUGUUUCAAAAUCCAGACGGAAGUCUGACAAGAAGCAGAAAGACAAGGAGUGAAGUUGAGACUGAAUAAUUCAUGUUCUGUUUGCACCUGUAAGCCAGACAUUGAAAGAUCCAAUGCAGAGGUCAUGUCAGAAAUUACCUAACCAUUCAUUUUGCAGUAGAGUGGAUUUCUGAGGUUAUUUGGGGGCUAAAAAUUAUACCCAGCUACAGUUAUGUGAAGUGGUUGAUUGAGGAAUGUGUGCAGUUUAAGCAAAGCAUCAAACAUCUAUUUCAUCAGUCAAUUGAAAUCUCUUUGAAAACGGAGAAGAUACUGGCAGUGAUAACAUUGGAUUUAUCCUAAAGUAGUGGGGUCUGGGCACCUCAAGUGGGUGUGUAUUUUUGUUUUUAUUUUUUAUUUAUUUAUGUAUAUAUAUUUUUUACAGUUGAGGAUAUCACAAAACAAUUAUCAAAAUGAAAUGUAUUAUUGAGCUCUUGCUGUUAUUCACCUCAUCAAAUCUGUUCAUCACAAACAAAUACCUGAAUCUGAUCUGUUAUGCCUGGGGAAUGUUUUUAAGAAUAGGAAGCUACAAUAAAUAGCAAUAAAAUGACUAUACACAUGCAAAUACUGAGCAUAAGAGUGAUGCUCAUAAAAUAAAUCUGUGUAGGGACUGUGAAAUGUAUUUUUUACAAUUAAACGUGUCCCUGGAUGCAAAAGGAUUGAGAAGCCUGAUCCUAAGAGGUUCUGUGUUGAGACCACGACUGUUAGAAAUGUUAAAACAAGGUGCUAUUCUAGAAGUUUGGAAUAAACAAGUCCCAUUUAUGCAGCUUCCCUUACCCCCAGACAAAAGAAUGAACUACACCGUAGAUGAUGUACUGUAACUGCAGGCAAUACUGUUAAGUUGUUGAUCAGAACUGAAUAGCAUUCAUGGACUCGAAAAGCCUUACUGUCAAUCAAGGUUUAAGUCUAGCUCAGAUGUUAUUCAAAUCCUGUUAUCUUUUCAAAGUGUUUUCUGACUCAACACAUUUACACACUGGUUACUCACUGGUUACACACCAUCUUUAGACAUUUUUUGGUACUUGUUUUCUACUUCUCUUCUGUACUGCAUUAUGUUGGUUGCAUUGAUAAGAGUUUGCAUAUGCUAUAUUCUUACUUUUGUGCAAGUUCUCGAUAACAAGCAGGGCUUGUAGUUUUUGUUCUCUUUUUUUGAUUAAAGAGAUUAGAUACGA